AUGAUCCUGGGCUGGACCUACUUUUUGGCAUGGUCUGUCUCCUUCUAUCCCCAGGCCGUGCUCAACUGGGAGCGCCGCUCGGUCGUUGGGUUGUCCCUUGACUUUACGGCUCUGAAUGUUGUCGGCUUCGCGUGCUAUUCUGUCUUCAACGUGGGCAUGUACUUCUGGCCCGCGGUGCGCGAGCAGUACGCGCAGCGCGCGAUGCCGCUCGUGCGACCGAAUGACGUCUUCUUCUCCCUGCAUGCCCUGGUGCUCUGUGCCAUCGUGGGCUUGCAGGCUAUCAUGUACCCGCGCGGCAGCCAGCGCCUCUCGUGGCUGUCACGCGGCAUGCUGGGCGCCUGCGCUCUCAUGGUGCCCGUCGGAGUCGUGCUCGCGGCCGCGCAUGCGUGCGCGGCGUGCACGUGGCUCGACCUGCUCACCAGCCUCUCCUACUUCAAGCUCGCCAUCUCCAUCACCAAGUACGUGCCGCAGGUCGUGCUCAAUGCGAAGCGGCGCUCCACCGUCGGGUGGAACAUCGACAACGUGGUGCUCGACUUUUGCAGUGGCAUGCUCUCGCUCGCGCAAGCGGUGCUCGACGCGGGCUGCAGCGGCGACUGGAGCGCCAUCGCAGGAAACCCGGUCAAGUUUGGGCUCGGCUUCUCCUCAAUGGUGUUUGACACCGUCUUUCUCAUUCAGCACUACGUUCUCUACCCGAAUCGCCGCUCAAGCGUUGCGCUCAGUCCUCACUGA